AUGAAGGCCACCAUUUCCUUGCUAGUUAAGGCUAGAAGACCAGAAAGAAAGGUACCGGCAAUUUUGCCUCCGUUGGACUUGUAUCGUCGUAUUUUGAGGACCCAUAGAAAGCGUUUGCCAGAUUUCCAAAGACAGUUGGGGGACGAAUAUGUCAAGCUGGAGUUCCACGCUCAUAAAAAUAUCGAUAACCCUUUACAUAUCGUGGGGUUCCUUACGAGUUGGCAGGAUUACUUGAGGGCCAUUAGUGAGGACAGCUGGAAAGUUGGUGGGUUGACCCAAGAUCAAUUGAACAAGAUGUCACCAGAACAAGUUGGCCAACUUUAUGAAUUGAUGAAAGAAACCAAGAGAGUUGCCGAAGAAGAUGUGAAUUCCCAACCUUUAGAGUCCGAAUCUAGUCGCUGA